CCGCGCCCGCUUCGGGCUCCCUGACGCAAUCGCCUACGCUACAACCCUGACCUAAGCCUGAGGGCGACCACUGGGGCAGCCACGAGCUCUCCGGACCUUCUGGCCCGUGUGCGCGCGGAGCCUGAGGCGGCCACUUGGCACCCCCAGCCUAGCCCAGCCCAGCCCUGCAGCUCAGGCCGCCGCCACUGCCCUGGGAGCCGCCAUCUUGGGACCGGCUCCUCCUUUCCCCCUGCUCUCCUCCCGGCUCAGUUUCCGCAGCAGCAAAGCAAAAGAAAGACAACGGCAAUGCCGCUUCCUCCUUCGCGAGGAUCCCCUGCUCCCCUCUCUGCGCCCUGCAGAGCGCUGAAGUUAAGCCCGAAGGUAGCAGCUGUACGGCACAGAAAGCGGUAGACUCAGGGCGCUCAUGCCUCCUCCCUGGGAGCCGCCAUCUUGAGUGGAGAAGCAACAACUAAACAUGGCGACGGCGGCUGGUCGGGAGGGCGGGGCUUGAGGAACGUCACUCCCCCAGCCCUCGUUCCUCCCUCCCCUCUAGGGCCCUUAAAGGGACCGGCAACCCUAAAUCUUUAGGUAAUUCCUCAGCGGACUUUUCGAAGCUAGCAAUGUUUUAUCCGCUCCUCCCCUUCAGGGCCCUUAUGGAUCCAUGUCAUCCCUCCUCCCUGGGAGUCGCCAUUUUGGCCCCGCCCCUCUCCCCCAUAGCGACAGGGAAAGAGGCAACUGACAAGAAAACCAUCUUUCUUCAGGGAUUUAAGAGACUAACUUAUAGGAUGAAGCAAGAGUGUUACCAGGCCUUGAACCAUGUGCUUCUUACAGCCUGCUUAUGUAUUGUCACUGUCAGCACUGGGCUGUUUGAUGAUGUCUUCACUGAAGUUGGCUAUGAACAUUAUGCAGAGGUUCCAGUUCAAUCCUUUCCGACCUUUCUAGCCAUGCCUUUCAAUUCUGUCAUUAAUGUGGGCUACCUGCUGUUGGGAUGCUACUGGCUUCUGAAAAAUAAGAAAGUCAUAGGAAAUGAUGAAGAUGUGAGACAGGCCCACUACCUGAAAGAUGUCUUUGCAGGCAUGGCCCUGGUGUAUGGUCCUAUUCAAUGGGUACGCAUCUGGACCCAGACUCAUCACUCUGCUGUUCUGGACCAGUGGUUUACCUUGCCCAUUUUUGCUUGGUCAGUGGUCUGGUGCCGCUACCUGGAGGAUGGUUGGCAGCCCUGGUUGUUCCUUUCUAUUGAGUGUAUAUCCCUGGCCAGUUACGGCCUUACUCUGUUCCACCAUCUUGGAUUUGAUAUAGCCCUAGCAUGUCAUAUUCUUGCUGCUGUGUGGAGUGCCAUACAUGUGCACCAGGAAUAUGGAGAUCCUGUCUCUGCCACAUAUAUCAGCCUGGCUUUGAUAUCUUGCCUGGGCUUUAUUGUCCUUAAGCUGGGUGACCACUGGCUUGCACAGUGGCCUCUCUUCAAGGAACUGACUGGACACUUCUGGUCGAAAAUUUGCGACAUCAUGCAGUUCCACUUUGCGUUUUUGUUCUUGACACAUUUCAGUAGUCCCCAAAGGUGCAUUGCUGAGGAAAAGAACAUUUGAGUGGGCUAAAAAGCUUCUAAAGUAUUUUAGUUAAUACAUACAUUUGAAAAAGUGUUCUAGCCAAGUAUAUACAUCCAUUCCAUGUUUAUGCUCAAUUCAUUUUCUAUUUUCUUUGUUUCUUUUGUCCAUGUUUUUCA